GAAUUGAAAUUGGAGAGUUAAAAGAGGACAAAGGGUAGACCACCCCAUACCGUCGAUCUGAUCGAAGUCAUUUUUCAUCUCAUUUUCAUUUUCACACUACUGCUUACCCAUACACCUCCAUGUUCCUCUAGCUAAAACAAUUAGCCUCUUAAAUUUUCUGAAAUGCUUAACUGCAUUUAAUGCUCAUUCUCUAUAUCUCUAUCCUCUCAAUCCUUACAUAUACCACCACCAGUACUACUAGCGUUCUACAAACACCUUCUAUCCCCCAUCAAGAUUUAAUCAAAAAGUGCUAUAUAGUUUCAGUUCAAUCGAUCGAUCUUCAUAUAUAUGUCGACCUGCACUACUUAUCACUGUCCUCUAUAUCUUUUUCUUCUUCUUCUAUGCCUGCUUUCUUUGCAUGCAUGUAGUGCCCGGCGUCUUGCUGGGGUUGAUGAUCCUAACAAGUCUUCGGAAAAGCUUCACUUCACCAACAAGGGUACUGAUGUUAACAUUACAGUUGUCCCGAAAGUGAAAUCUUUCUCUUCAUCAAAGCCGGUUCUUGAAGUUACAGAAGGAUCAGAAAUCACGGUGGAGACGGAACCCGAUAGCGAUGAUAGUACUAGAGAAGAAAGUCCUAAACGGUAUCACACAAAAGCUGCCUCCAAUGUGAAGAAUGUCUCAUCGAGAAAAAGGAAAGGAUCAACCUCAUCAUCCUCAAGUGCUGCAGAUCAGAAGUCGAAGACGAGGUCUGAUCAGAAGGUUUCAGUUUCAUGGCGAGUGCCGCGAAACAAACGAGGGAUUCAGAAGCAACCGGGGUUUAAUCUGGACUAUUCACCCCCGAAGACACACCCUCCUUCUCAUAACUGAUCAUCAUCGGUCUAUAUUAUAUAUGAACUAUAUAUAUAGAUAUGGAUUCUGGAUCCUUUUUCUUCUUCUUAGCCUGGACUGUAUUUUUUUUCUUUUUCUGAUCGAUCCCCUCUUUUGCGAUAUUAAUGGAAAACGAAUACUACUCUUCAAUGCAUGAUCCAUCAUUGCAUGUGGAAGA